CUGCUGCAGCCUUCACUGGUGCAGGAGGAGCAGAGGCAGCGGGGCUGGAAGCUCGGCAAUGCAGCCAUCGAAGGAGUAAAAGCUGGCGAAUUUCUGGCACACGGACCCCCUCGGCCUCCGUGCACCCCGACACAGUGAGGGGCGUCGCGAGACUCCCCCCUCCUUGCCUGCAGACCAGAGUUGAGCCCAGGGAGUGCACAAUGCCAGCGCCGGGGGUGCGGUGCUGAGCUGAUGUACCCAUUGCAGAUAGGGGAACUAUGCCGAUUUUGCAAAAGGAAAGGCUUUGUUAAACAUGAUGAAGACGGAGGCACCAUCGUCCAACCCCGGCAGUAGCAGCAGCAGUGGCAGUACCACCAGUUUAAGGAGCCCGUCCCCUCACAGAAAUUUGUAUGAGGCAGAGAUACAGGCUGUGAAGCCCACAAAGGACAGCAGCACCGGUGCUGAUGGGGAGGAAGUCAGACGGCAAAGGGGAAGAAAAUAUGGUUCUAACGUACACAGGAUCAAAAACAUGUUUAUGCAGAUGGGGACAGCUCCUGGUGAAGGGGCGACUGACCCAUCCAAAAACAAAGAGACAAGGUCAGUUCGUCUGUCCUUGCCAAGGGCCAGUAGUCUUAAUGAAAAUGUGGAUCACAGUGCAUUACUCAAGCUAGGGACAAGUGUUUCAGAAAGGGUAAGCCGGUUUAGCCCCAAGAUUGAAAAGCCACUUUCCAAACUCCAGGAGACAAGGAAGAUAUUUGAGAAGAACCUACAGGAGAAGCAAGUCACUAACAGAAUCCUAUUAAAGAAGGAGCGUGCAGGGUUCCCAGAAGGUAAACUGGAUGUGGUAGUGAGGUUUAAUGGGAGUAAUGAGUCACUUGACAAAAUAGAUACUGAGAUUGUAUCUCCAACUGUAAGUCAGCUUAGUGCAGUUUUUGAAAAAGCUGACUUGCGAAAUAACUUGCAUAAAGGCCCAGUCAAAAUUGGAGUCCUGAAUUCUAAAAUCAUUGCAAAGAGAUCCAAAGUCUUUACUCAGACCCUAGAGUCAAAGGAUGAUGGUCCUGGGGCUGUACCAUCUGGGACAGUUCCUUUAAGAAAGAAGACCGAUGAAGCAAAGGCAGACAAAUCAGUAAUAUCCCCCACAACCAAGGGGGUUGUCUCUGCAAAGAUUACAAGUGGAGCCCGCAUAAGUGACUCUUCAAAAGAGCCCACCAAGCAACAAAAGGCUGAGGAGUUGCGAAAAAUAAAACCAGUGGAAGUGGAAGAAUGUGCAGACUUUGAGCAAGAACUCACCAGUCUUGAGAAAAAUAGGGAGCAAGAGGAGGAUGGAGUCUCCUCAGAGGCAGAUGGGAAAGAGGUGAUCCAUACUGAGGUGAUGGUCCAUGCAUCUUCAGAGAAUGGAGAAUUGUCUGACCAGGAAUCUUUGGAUCCCUCUGGUCCAACAACAGUGGAACUAAGCACAGAACUGCUCCAGGAGGAAGACAAAGAGGACGAUGAGCAGACUGUGAUGACAGAAACUGAUGCGGACAUCUGCGAGGAAUCAAAGAGGGAGGACAUCUCUGAAGCUGAUUUGGUUGAUAUCAGUGCCUAUAGUGGGUUAGAGGAAGACUCUGCAGGAAGUGGACUUGAUGAAGAUGAAGAUGUCCUGUAUGAACCUGAAUCGAGUUUCUCAGAAGUACCAGGCUUACAGGAAGAAGACGAGGUACCUCCAACCAGAAAGAUUUGUUUCAGUACAGCGCCUAUCCGAGUUUUUACUACCUACUCAAAUGAAGAGUAUGACCGGAGGAAUGAGGAGGUGGACCCCAUGGCUGCAUCAGCGGAGUACGAGUUGGAGAAAAGAGUGGAGAGGCUUGAUCUGUUCCCUGUGGAGCUGGAGAAAGAUAACGAUGGCCUUGGGAUUAGCAUUAUUGGGAUGGGAGCUGGAGCAGACAUGGGCCUGGAAAAGUUAGGAAUAUUCGUGAAGACUGUGACUGAAGGUGGUGCAGCACAUCGCGAUGGCAGGAUCCGGGUAAAUGACCUCAUUGUUGAAGUGGAUGGAAUAAGUUUGGUUGGAGUAACCCAGAGUUUUGCAGCAACGGUUUUGAGAAACACUAAGGGAACAGUCAGGUUUCUUAUUGGUCGUGAGAAGCCUGGAGAGCAAAGCGAGGUGGCACAGUUAAUUCAACAAACUCUUGACCAAGAGCGCUGGCAGCGAGAAAUGAUGGAGCAACGAUAUGGACAGUAUGUAGAAGAUGAAGACGAGACAGGAGAUUAUGCUACAGAUGAAGAAGAAGAAAUGAGCCCCAUGUUUUCAAACUCUGAGAUGGCUAUUGAAGUGUUUGAACUGGCAGAGAAUGAAGAUAUGCUGUCCCCUGUUGACAUGGAUCCUGAAAAACUGGUGCACAAGUUCAAAGAGCUCCAGAUCAAGCACACUGUCACUGAAGCAGAAAUCCAACAGCUGAAAAGAAAGCUUCAUAACAUUGAGCAGGAGAAAAUGCGCUGGCGGAUGGAGAAAGCCCAGCUGGAGCAAAGCAUAGAAGAAAAUAAAGAACGCAUGGAGAAGUUGGAGGGGUACUGGAUGGAGGCACAGACCCUUUGCCAAGCAGUGGAUGAGCACUUGAAGGAAACACAGGCUCAGUACCAGACUCUGGAACGGAAGUAUGGCAAAGCAAAGAGGCUAAUUAAAGAGUAUCAGCAAAAGGAGAUUGAAUUCUUGAAGAAGGAAACGACUCAGAGGAGAACACUGGAGGAGUCUGAGAUAUCACAAAAGGAAGAGAUUGAGAGUCUUCAGAAGAAGAUCCAAGAGCUGGAAGUUAAGUUGGAAAGCUUGAAGCAUUCUAAUCCAGCAUAGCAGGACUAUUUCUUAACUCUUUGUCCAACUUUGAAGGACCAUACAAGUGAAGGGACAUGGCAGAAGACUCGUUGCUUGAUUUUUCCAGAAGGUUUCUGUGAUGUUGCCAUGCAUCAAGGGUGCUUUGGGAAAGGGUGACAAUCUUCUCCAUCUUGGACCUUUAUCAGUUGACCCAGAAGGCCUCUCUUCACUGUGUGGAAACAUGGAAUUCCUGAUAUUUGUGAUAUGUUUGUCUGUCUCAGUUGUUGACAGGCUAAUCUUUACCAGUAUCCCCAGUUAAUGCCAUUAGCUGUGUUCCCAUUGUAUGCUGUCUAGAAGGAUCUGUUCAUUGGGCAUCCUCAGUGUUUAAUCGUAGUUCUAGAGGAUGCUUGUCUAGAGAAUGCUUGUUUUUACAGUUCUCAGCCCGGUUAUAAACCACAGCUACAAUACUUGCCAGUAGCUGGCAUUAAUCUUCUGCUGUGAAAUGUUCCUGGCUAAAACAAGAAGGAUCCAGUGAUUAGACAUUGCCAAUUUCAUCUAUAUAAAUCUGUGGCCAAUAAAUAAAACAAAGAUGCAGUGUAAAUGUGAUGAACUCACAUCUGAUUUUUUUUAUAUAAUGACUUUCCUGCAGAUGAGCCUAGACCACUGGAUAUAUCAUUAUAUAUCAUCCUUCUCAGAAUUUACAGAAGAAGCAGGCAACUGUUCAGUAAUACCAAACCAUUAAGAAGCAGAUCCCUCCAUCUGUAUAACAAUUCGGGAUUAGAGUAAAUGUUUGUAUAUUUCCAGCACUGGGAUGAAGACUCUCAUGUCUAUGAUGAAACCAUUUGAGAAUUAAAAAGAGGAAAUUAAAAAAAUACAGAGAUGUAAGAAACCACGGUCUGCAUUUUGAGGUGAUGACACUCCAAAGAGAAGCUUCUUUUUGGUGGGGGGAUCCUCAAUAAAGCUCUCACACUCUCUCUCAGGAUGAUAAAACAGAAAACGUAAUCAGCAUUUAAGUAUUAUUCCAGUGGGGAAAGGAUAGUAAAGUAGCCUGGAACCUACUGGAUGAAUAAAUGGAGUGCUAACUGGAUUCACCUGGACAGAAUUAGUGAAUGUCAGCGUUGCAGGUUCAUUAUGACUGAGUAAAGAUAUCUUACUUAGAAAAUGAGAGGAGAAGAGAACUGCGGUCAGGCACUGAGGGUCCAAAGGUUGAAAUCAUGAGGUCACCUUAUCUCUUGCAAAGUGUGGAGAACUAAAAAUGGAGUUUAAAGGGAGAGAGACCACAGAUUUCAUUUAAAAUACAGAGAGAAGGUUUGUUUGUGUUUUUGCAUCAGUACAGACCUUCGGGCCUGUAUGUGUAAAUAUUUCUUUCUCUCUCUCUCCCUUAUAUAUGUAUGUGUGUAUAUUUAAAAUGAGUGAGCUUACAGUAUCUAAAAUUUUCCUACUCCUGUCAGUAUUUUAGUGUCUACAUUUUGAGACUGAAAACAAAACUUGACUGUUUUAUGACAGAACGGUAUGGAAUUAUUAGAAAACAAUCUGCCAUUUGCAGAAUAGCAUAAGGACCCUUGUUAUCCUGGAAGUGUGUUUUUUAAACAAAAAGCAAAUAUAUAUCUACGUAUGUAAAUAUGUUAUCCACAGCCCUGAGAAAUUGCUGUCAGAUCGGACAUGAUAUCAGGUUUAGUGACAUCUUUAUGAACAAAGCCAAUCUUGCAUAGGGUGUGUAGUCUGUUAAUGUGCACUUUCCUGUGAGCUGUUCAAAAGAAAUUGGCAAAUUUGGUUCCAGUUUUUUGUUAUCACUAGCUUUAAAUGGCAAAACAUUGUUUGAACAUUGUCAAGGCAUUUAUUUAUUUGUUCUGCCACUGUUGAUUGAAAUAAUGAACAAAACCAAAUGGGAUUGGGAGGGUGGUAUAGCUCCAACUUAAUAAAAAGGGAUAUUGUAUGAAUUAUUGCUGUACUGUAAGACUGAUAUGAUAUGUACAUAUUAUCGUAGGAGUGAAAAGAAUCUGUUUACCUGGUUCUGUAAAAUGACAUCUAAAUUUGGCUUUUAGCUAUCAGAUAGGGAGGUGAUAUGUAAUUCAUAGGUCCAGUUUUAAAGCAGUGCCAUAUUUUAUUUCAUCCUUGGGGGUCAGAAAUUUUGAGUCUGUUUUCUUAUUGGUUUUGAAGCUGAGGGCAGCUGUUUAGAAAUCUUGCAGGUGACACAUUUGUAACAAACUGCUUUGUUGUCUUAUGGUCUCAAAACACAGAAACAAGUCUGCUGCACAGGAGCACAUGUGGCACUUGUCAUUGUCUGUCACGGAAUUAGAAAUGUGUUGUGUUUGUGAUAAUAGGGUAACACAGACAGGACUAAAUGAGGACCUGUGUUGUCUCUGGUUUAAAUGUGUGAGUAUUUAUGUGAUAGUAACUUAAAGAAUUUUGAUGGAAUGCUGUAUGAUGCUGGGACUGAUUGCCUUUACUGAGUAUGUGAAGGAUUCUUCUGUGCAUAGACAGGGUGUCAGUUUCCUGUGCCCAACCACAGAGCAGAUGCUUAUACAGGACUGAAUUACUUUUAGUGUGCAAGAGCAGAGCUUCAAACAGACAGCAUUCUGCAGCCAGUCAGUCGGUACUGUAGUAUGUUCACUGUUAUAAACAGUCAAGGUGAAUUACAGAUCUGCUGAAUGUCACAAUCUGAUCCACUGAACAUCACUGCAAAAUAAGAAGGGCUGUGCCCUACUUAUCCAGGUAACAGGAGUAUGGGAUUUUUCCUAAUGAAAAAAAGGCCAUGGUUUUGUCACCAUUUUUUUUAAAUUUUAUCGACAUUAAAAUCUCAUCAACAAUUUUGCUGAUGCCGACCUGCCCCACCAUACUGUUCUGCCAUUAGCUCUUCGGUCAUUAUGUUCUGGGUUGCAUCCCCUUGCGCCCUUUGGAAGAGUUGGUUUGAUACCAACUCUCCCAGUUCCUAAAUAUACUCAGUGAAGUUGUACACGGUCAGAAUAAAGGGAAUAAAUAGUGAUUCCCUUACGCAAGCUUAGUGUGGCCUGUGAUGUAGUAUAUUUAGCAAUCAGAGGUGUGCAGGUGAAGCCCCAGUAUUAGAGGCAAAGACAGAUGCACAAACACUUGUACAAAAAUUAGUUUGUUAACAUGGCACGGUUGGUGGUGGAGCAUAGCGGUCAAGGAUUGGGUGGAAUAAAAAUCGAUUUAUUUAUCGUUAUUACUAUUAUUAUUAUUGCCUGUAUUGUUCAGCCAGUGCUUUGAAAGCAGCAUUAGUUCUGUCAUUUACAGAUGACGGAUUAUUGUAGCUGUACCAUACCAGCAAAAGCAUGAGAUCCAAUUCGGAUGUUGGUAUACUCUUGGGGGAAGGGACUGGGCCUGCUUAUAAAUUGUAACAGCAGAGAUGGCUGUAUAAUGUGCAGCCUCUUUCAGCUAUAUAAGACAAACUACCUUUUUUGAACAUUUAAAUAUUAAUGAGUAAUUUUCAUAUAAAUGAGAUGUGCCCAUGACCUUUUCAUGUAUUUCGUGGCUAUGGCAAUGCCAUAUCUUUUUUACAGAAUGUUCCUUGAAGGACAUAAACUUCAUAAGUGGUAGAUUUCAUAGUCCAUGAUGGUGACAGUUCACAUACAUCACAAAUCAGGCUGUGUGAACCUAUCUUCUAGAAGAAUUUUUCUGAAAUAUUGGGAUAUCUUUGGACUGAAAAAAGCAGCAAAAAAAAACUAGCUUUUAUUGUGUAUAGCAUAAGUAGGCUCAUUUAAAAUCCCAUUACCUAGAACCUGUAUAAGGUAUUAUUUGUACUACCUAGAGAGAAAGUGCAAGGUGUUAAAAAAGUUUACUUUGUAUAUAGACAUUGGAAGGGUGGAACAGUUGAGUUAGGAACAGAAUGGCAUUUAUUAGCUAAUCCAGUUUUACUUGUGGGAAACUGUGAACAAGCUGGUGUUUUGCUUGUAACUUGUUUUUACAGUGAAUUAUAACACAUCUCUGCUUCAGAGAAGUUAGUUAAAUGUUCUUGCAUUGCACUGUGCUUUAGCUUCUUUGUGUCACUGAAGACUUUUGGCAUAUACUUCAUUUAUUUCACUGUGCCAGAACAUUGUGCCAAAUACAAUAGAAGCGUUUGAUUUUGAUGUAAUUUAUUAUCUCUGUAUAGAUUAGUUUUGCAUUGAAUAAAAUUGCCAGUUUAAGCAUA